AUGGCUUUCAGUGGAUUUUUUAAAACGAAAUUUCCCGUUGAUGUCCAUCUAUAUACUAUAGAGGGCUACAAUUGUAAGCCUUACCUUUUUGAUUGUAAAUUGAGCGUAAAAAAAGAUAAGAUAAUAAUAUGGAACAACAUCACGGAACUUACUUUUUGUGAAGAUAAGAUUUGUGAUUUUUUGUAUAUUCAGUUGAAUAUGUGUUACAUUAGAUACAUUAAUAAUGAUGCUAUUGAGAAAUAUAUUAUUGUAUUUAUGGAUAUAUCGAACACAUAUUACUUUUAUAAGUAUAUGAUGUAUUGUUAUAUAAAAGGCAAUUUAAUAUCGUAUAAAUAUAUUGAUAUAUACAAAGUAGAUUGUAUAAAUAGAACAUUGUAUAAAAAGAAAUUGUUCUGUAUAAUACUCCAAAAUCAUACUAAAUAUGAACAUAUAUUUGUUAUUCUGAAAGAUGAUGCAGAAAAGAAACUUAAGAAAUAUAUAAAUAUUUCUUUAUUACCUAAAUUGAAUGACCAAAUGAAUAAUUCAAAUGGAAAAGGUUGUGAAGUACACAAUGCAGAUUCAAUAAUACGAAUUCUUAAAGAAUUAUAUAUUAAGAAUGAAGUAUUCUUAAUACACAUCAUGAAUUGUAUUAAUAUUCAAUAUUCUGAACUUGAAUGUAUAUACGUUGACUCUACAAAAUUUGUUUUGAAAAAUGUUUUUCAAAUUGUUGAAUAUAACUCCUUUUAUAGCGAUGGCUUUUCAUACAGAACAUUUUUCUUAAGAGAUUCUGAUGAUGACGUAUGGUCUAACGACGAAUAUACAUAUUAUGACAAAAUGAAAGAAAUACCAGUUGAUACAAAACCAAAUAUUCAUAACAUACAAGGAAUUUAUUAUAUUAUCCAUAGAGCACUCGAAAGGGUUAAAACCAUAUAUUGUAGGAUACCAACAGGAUAUGAAAUAUUACGAAAUUUUUAUCAUGGGAUUCAUAAUGAUAUACAAAGUUCUCAACAAAAUAAUCAAUAUGUUCAGAAAAAUAAUAUAGUACACCAAGAACGUUCCUCAUCUGAUCAUGCAAAUAGAAAUUUUGGUCAGCACAAUAUGCAUAAUAGUCAAGAAACACAUAAUGAUUUUCAAAACAUUCUUGACGCUUAUCAAGAAAACAUCCAUCUUCUUAGAGCAAAUCUUGAAGAUGAUCACGAAAUUUGUAAUAUUGAUGAGGAAAUGCAAAAAUGGGAACAAACAAAUGAAAGGGAUCAACCAACACAAGAAAUGAACCAUGAAAUAAAUAAUAUUGAAAAGAAAAUUGUAUUAAUUAAUGAGCAAAUGUGUGUAAUUGAAUUACCAACAUAUGGAGUUGAAUUAUCUGUAUAUACAAUCGAAUUACCAGUACAUACAAUUCAUUUACCCAUAGAUUCCAUUGAUAUGAGUAUAAAUGGAAUUAAGAUACCAAUACAUGAAAUAGAGAUUCCAUUACAUAAGAGCGAGAUGUCAAUAUGUAAAAUUGAAAUUCCAUUUUGUAAAACGGAGAUACCAAUAUGGAAAUUUGAGAUACCCAUACGUAAACAUGAACAAAGAAUAUAUGACAUUGAUCAACACAAUGGUGUAAUUGAUCACAUUAUUCGUGAAAUUGAUGACGAAAUUAUUAAUUUCAACAAAUCUAUUUCUGAUAUUAAUAAGAACCAUAUUAAAUGUGAUCAGGUACAUUCUCACAUGAAUCAAUCUCAUCAUAAUAUUACACCAUCUAAUUGCAACACUGAUCAAUUGAAUUUUGAUUCUGAUAAAUCCAAAAUGGGUGAUGUCCAACCAAAUGAUCAAUUCAAUCGUUUCCAUAUGAACAAUGGCCAAUCAAAUGACAAAUUUGAUAAAUUAGAAAUUAAAUCAUCUAAUAAUAAUAUUGUUCCAUAUAAAAAUUUGAAUCAUAAAGAAACAUUUAAUAAUAUUAUGAAUAUAUUAUAUAACAAUAUAUAUUUUACAAAUGAAAAUACGAAUUUAUGUUUGGAUUAUGUUCCUUUAAUUCUUCAAGCUAUUAAAUUGUUCAAUGAAAGGAAAAUGGAAAAUAGAAAAACCUUACCACAAAAUGAACAUAAUGAACAUAACGAAGGUGUACACGUAACUGCUCUUUCACAAGAAAAUAAUCGCUCAGAAGAGGAUGGUCUUGAAAAAGAAAAAGAUGACAUAUGUGCAAGUGCUCAUAUAGAAACAAAUGAUCAUGUAGAAACAAAUGAUCAUGUAGAAACAAAUGAUCAUGUAGAAACAAAUGAUCAUGUAGAAACAAAUGAUCAUGUAGAAACAAAUGAUCACAUAAAAGGAAACGAUAAUGUAGAAAAAAAUGAUCAUGUAGAAACAAAUGAUCACAUAAAAGGAAACGAUAAUGUAGAAAAAAAUUAUCCAUUUGAAAAAUGUCGUUACUCAGUAAAUAAUAAUACUCAAGGAGAAGCUCAAAAGAACCUUUUCGGUUUCCCAAAUUUGAUGAAGAACUCUGUAUCAGCUGAAAAUAAAAAGCAAGAUGUUGACGUAUUAGAAAGGUACAUUGAUGACUAUACUGAAACGACAAUAAAAGUGUUAAGGGAAAAUAAAAAGAGGAGAAAACGACGAUCAAAGAAUAGUACAAAAUAUGAGAUGAAUGUAGAGGAGAUGUUGAAAUAUUUAACAUGUGAAAUAUAUCUUAAUGUAAAAAAUUUUAUGAAAGAAGUAGCAAAACAAUAUAGAAAUGACGAUGAAUUAUAUUGUGUUAUAAGUAACAAUGUAUUAUCUAAGUAUGCAACUGUAUGCGAUUUUGUGAAAAAAAAGGUAAACAAAUCAAGGGUAUCAAUGCAUCCAAUUAAUAAGAAAAAGAAAACGAAUAAGAUACAAAGGAAGAAUACCAUAAAAAAAAACAAAAUGAUACAAAAAAAUAAGUAUAAUAUUAAGAAUUUAAAUAAGGAUGAUAAUAAUAAUAAUAAUAAUAAUAAUAAUAAUAAUGAAAGGGGAAAUCGAAACGCAACCCAUAAUAAAUCCAGAAACAUAAAGAAGAACUUGCACAAAUAUAAUAGCGAGAAUACAUCCUACAACACUUCUGAGAAUAAUAAUACAUUCAGUAAUAUGUACAGUAAUUGUGUGGGUAAUAAAUUUUAUAUGAAAUUCGAAGGAGGCAAGAAAUAUAAAUCUAGAAUGACAAAUAACCCAGCAUGGAUAAAUGAAAUUAUUAAUCUAUCGGAUUCUGAGGAAUCAGAUAACUCUGAAAAAAAGGAUGAUAAAAAAAAAAAAAAGGAAAAACAAAAAUAUCGUAUGAAAUAUAAACAUUUAAGUACAAGUGGAAUAUAUUCUGUAGUAUUGAGACAAAAUAUAUUACCAAAAGGUUACAAAGAGAAGAUGGAAAGGAAUUCCAAAGAAUUAAAAUUAUGGAAUUAUAUUAAUUAUGAUAAAAUAUAUAAUGAAUUAUGUAUAUUUGAUUUUUAUGAUUUUAAUAAUAGAAAAAAAUUAUAUAAUGUAAAAAGAGAAGCUUUUAUAUAUGAAGAUGAAAAAUGUAUACCAAAAGAAAUACAUAUUAAUAAUGAAGAAGGGAAUCAAUUAAUAUUAUUAGAUGAAAGAUAUGAUACAAAUUUCUAUAUGAUGGAUGUAAAAAAAGAAAAGUUAGUAAGAAAAUGGUGUAAUGAAAAUAUCCCUAUAACGAAAUUAUUAAAGAAGAUGGAUAAUAUAUAUUUGGGAUAUAAUGAAAGUUCGUUAUUUUUUGUAGAUACAAGAUUACAAAGAUGUAUCCAAAAUAUAUUUCAAUAUAAUAAAUAUGCAUCUCCUAUAGAACAUGCAAGUAUAGAUAAUAAUGGGAGAAUUACAUCAAGUACAUCCAGGGGUGAACUUAAAUAUUAUGAUGGUACAAUAAAUAAACAGAACAAAAUCAAAAAAAGUAAAAAUGUUAUAUAUUGUUCUGAUGAUAUGGUUCAUUUGACUACAUCACAUAAAGGAUUAUAUUCUAUUGUUACUUGCCAAAAGAGAAUAAUCAUAUAUGACAAUUUUAUGGAUAAUAAAAACUUUUUUGAUCAUGUAAUCAGAAAAUGUUAUCGUUAUCAACAAAAUUCAAUAGUCCUAAAAUUAGAACCAAUUGACGAAUUCAUACAUGAUCUUGGAGAUUAUACAUUUAUUAAAACUGUUAGCUAUAGUAAUUCUAAAUAUCUUUUUACAUUUGCUAAAGACUUUUGUGUAAUAUGGAAUUUAUUUCAAGGCAUAAAUAAAAACGUAUCUUAUACAAUUAAUAAAGUUCCAGAAGAUAUCUCAGAUAUAUCUUUGUAUGAUACUUCUGAUGAACAUGACGCAUUACUCCUUGCUACCGAAUAUACUUUAACCUUAACAAGAAUUAUAUAA